AUGAUGUUUGCUAUCUUUGUGGUAAAACUGGACAUUGGGCACGUGAUUGUAAGGAAAAACGAUAUAGAAGAAGAAAUAGAUCUUCUUCUCGAAGAAGACGUUAUAGUAGAAGGUAUAGUUCACGUUCUAGAUCACGUUCUCGAUCUCCUUAUUCAAGAAGACAUUCAAGGUCAUCAAGUAGACGUCAUAGACAUUCAUCAUCUCGUUCAGACUCAAGGUCACGUUCUCGCUCUCCUUAUUCAAGACAUUCCCAAAGAUAUUCUAGACAUCGCCAUCGUUCAGAUUCUAGUUCUUCUUUUUCUAGAAGUUCACCUUCUCCAAAACGUGACUCAAGCAAAAGGGAGAAUAAAUCAAUUAAAAAUGAAGACAAGUCAAUUAAAAAAGAUACCGAAACAAUAA